AGUUUCGCCAUCGACCAAUUGUUUAAAAAAAAAAACAUCUGCAGAGGGUUUUAUAAAAGAGGGAUCAACGCACUGAUUUAUUAACGCUGAUUUAUUUCGACUACAUCACAUUGCUCCAGGAUUCCCAAUAUUUGGAGAGCGCACGGCGAAUAGGCUCAAGGAAAUCCCUUCAGCAAAAUGACCGCAAUGGAAAACGGGAGCUAUCACGGCGCCAAGCACCGGAACGGAGAUGCCAUAACAGAAACCCCGUCGGUAGACGAUGUUUUUGACGACACUUAUAAAGAGAAAGACGGUCCGAAACCGCCGAUGAUCCUGGUGUGGAGAAAUAUAAUACUGAUGACACUCCUGCAUAUGGGUGCCCUCUAUGGAUUGACUCUUAUUCCCUCAGCAUCGGCUUUAACUCUUGCAUGGACUGCAGUGUGCUACCUCUUCAGUGCUCUCAGUGUGACUGCUGGUGCUCACAGGUUAUGGUGCCACAGAUCAUAUAAGGCUUCACUUCCCCUGCGAAUCUUCCUCGCUCUCUGCAACUCAAUGGCUUUUCAGAAUGACAUAUAUGAGUGGUCGAGGGACCACCGUGCCCACCACAAGUACUCUGAGACGGAUGCAGACCCCCACAAUGCCAAGCGGGGGUUCUUCUUCUCCCACGUUGGUUGGCUGCUGGUUCGCAAACAUCCUGAUGUCAUUGAGAAGGGCCAGAAACUGGAUGUGUCUGACCUGAAGGCUGAUAAAGUGGUUAUGUUCCAGAGACGAAAUCCCUUCAGCAAAAUGACCGCAAUGGAAAACGGGAGCUAUCACGGCGCCAAGCACCGGAACGGAGAUGCCAUAACAGAAACCCCGUCGGUAGACGAUGUUUUUGACGACACUUAUAAAGAGAAAGACGGUCCGAAACCGCCGAUGAUCCUGGUGUGGAGAAAUAUAAUACUGAUGACACUCCUGCAUAUGGGUGCCCUCUAUGGAUUGACUCUUAUUCCCUCAGCAUCGGCUUUAACUCUUGCAUGGACUGCAGUGUGCUACCUCUUCAGUGCUCUCAGUGUGACUGCUGGUGCUCACAGGUUAUGGUGCCACAGAUCAUAUAAGGCUUCACUUCCCCUGCGAAUCUUCCUCGCUCUCUGCAACUCAAUGGCUUUUCAGAAUGACAUAUAUGAGUGGUCGAGGGACCACCGUGCCCACCACAAGUACUCUGAGACAGAUGCAGACCCCCACAAUGCCAAGCGGGGGUUCUUCUUCUCCCACAUUGGUUGGCUGCUGGUUCGCAAACAUCCUGAUGUCAUUGAGAAGGGCCAGAAACUGGAUGUGUCUGACCUGAAGGCUGAUAAAGUGGUUAUGUUCCAGAGACGGUGAGUAGACAUUACUCAGAGAUAUGGAUUAGUCAGUGUGACAUGUGAAGAUAAAUGUCACACUGCCUCUUGUGUUAGCACUAUCAGAAUCAGAAUCUGCUUUAAUUGCUAAGUAUGUUGAGCAUAGAAGAAAUUUGUCUCCGGCACAGAGGCUCUCAGUGUGUUUUAGGCAACAGACAAUAGACAACAGACAAUUCCUCUGUAAAACUG